AUGUUGAAGUUAGUCCUUUUGUCAGCUAUACUAGCCAUCUGUGCAGCUCGUCCUGGAAACCUAGGCAUCGGUCUUGGAGGCCAUGGAGGUUUAGCAUUGGGCGGUUAUGCCGCCCCUGCUCUGGCGGUGCCUGCCGCCGUCAGUUCCGUUUACAGAACUGACAUUGUAAGGCCUGUAGCAGCCGUCGUCCGCACCGCUGUGGCAGCACCAGUAGCCGUCACCGCCCCUGCUGUGGCUUUUGGAGGGCAUGGUUUGGGAAUUGGAGGUCUUGGGGUGGGAGGAUUGGGUCUGGGUUUAGGACACGGCUGGUAA